UGCACAUAGCCUCACUGAUAUUCGAUACAAAAAUAUUUAAAAAAUAUUACCCAAAUAAUCCUUCGGUUCAAAUGACUAUAUCUUGCCAGUAUUUUUUCUGCAGAGGAAUGUAGUUAACUUCAGGUAACAAGUUUCCUAAAACAUCCCUGAAAUCUUCUCCAACCUGUUUUCCCAGAAUGCCCUGCAGAAAGUCAUGUGUUGAGUGUGUGAGGAGAGAGAAAGCAGGGAGAGGGAGUGUCUGAGUGUGUCUAGAGUUUGCAAAGCAGGAGGAACAGUUCAUUGAUAUGACGUGAACUUGAAUUGCUCUCAGAGGGAAACUUCUCCUGUUUCUCUGACCACUGAAUGGGUCUGAAUAUGGAUGUGCAGCAUGAGAAUAAGAAUUUUUGGAAGAAAAGAAGUGAGCUUGUAUAAAGUUCAGCAGUUUGUAGCGACUGCAUGGAUGUAGAGAGACAUGCUGACUUUUGUGGAGUUUCCAGCCGAUGUGGAGCUGCUGUCCACCGGACAGCUGAGGAUGCCGUUCUCAGACGCAGUCAAGUACUGCAUUCUGGGAAUUUCCAUCCUUCUCCUUCUGGUGGCGCUGGCAAUCUUAAUCUGGCAGAUCUUCAGAUGCUUCUCUGAGACGCAUACAUCAUACCCGCAGCAGGACACAGUGAACACUGAUCUGCUGUAUUCAGAGGAAAAACCAUCCGGAGCUGAAAACUACGCUUCUCCUCCAAGUACUAAAGUGGUGGAUGUGCGCGCUGAAGCUCGCCGACUGACUCGCUGUUUGUCCCGAGCUUCGUUUCCAUCAGAACAAAACUACGCAGAGAGCGACAUGAGGGAGCACCAAACCAUUAACAGGGUUCACGGCUCGCUGCGUUUCUCCGUCUACUAUGACCAGCUGCAGGCGUUUCUGGUGGUGACCGUGUUGCAGGUGGAGGGGCUGGUGGGCAGCAGUCAGACGUCAGGCCUGCAGCCAUUUGUGAAGAUUCGCCUCAUGUGGGCCGGGUCAGAGGGAACUGAGCUGGAAAGCCAGGAGGGUCAAGUGACGCCAUCUGUGCUGUGGACGGUGCUGCAGGAGUGGCGCACCCGCGUCGUAAAAGGCAGCUGUAACCCUUUAUAUGGAGACCAGUUUAGCUGCAGUCUGCAAGACAACAAGGACAUGAUUAACCGCAUCACUCUGAGGAUGGAGGUGAGGAACUUUGAUAAGUUCUCCAGACACACGGUGCUGGGAGAGAUCAGGGUUCCUCUGGGGAAGAUGAACAUCUCCUUCCCUCUGGAGCUUCAAGAAGAUCUGCAGAUUCCACAGAAGGAUCUGGUUGGAGAAGUACUGCUGACGUUAAAGUAUCUUCCCACCUCUCAGAGGCUGGAGGUCGGCCUGUUGAAGGUCAGAACAGCCAUCGCUGAGCCGUCGUCUGAUGCAGUCAUGCAUGCCAGGAUCAGCAUUCAGUGCAACCAGAGCAAGUUGAGGUACCAGAAGACCUCUGCUGUCCACCGCUGCCCAGUGACCGUCUUCAAUGAGGUCCUCAUGUUCUCCCUGCCAGACGUCCCACUGGAAGAGUGUAAAAUCUUAGUCUCAGUGUAUGAGACGCCGUCGACUGGGAGGUCCAACAAGUGUCUGCUGGGACACCUAAGUGUGGGGAAGGACAGGAGCUCAGAGGACGAGCACUGGACCUUGAUGGUGCGCUCAGUGCGGCAGCCUGUAGCAAAGUGGCAUGGUCUGCUGCUUUAAGCUCCAGGCCAGAAACAUCUGAAGCAGUUUCCUGUUGUUUGUUCAUGUUCACCUCAUCCUGCAGGGACCGUGAUGAAACUCCACAGGAUGGAGCUACACUCAGAUAUGUAAAUAUGAGAACAAUCAUUUUUAUUGAGCUGCCUUUCCAUCAUAAAUGUGCACAAAUCUUAAUCGAUAUUCUGCUAAUGUCGAAAAAACACAAUUUUGCAGCAACAGUGUUUCCAUUAAAUGAAGAAUUAAAGUCACAUGGGAAUAAGGCUAGUCCCAUGAUAAGCUAUGAAAAAUCAUGGCAGCAUCGGAUGUAAACACUUACAUGAGAUUAUAUUCAUAAUUCAGCCAA